AUGGAACCGGCGUGGCGGAACGCCGAAUGCGUCACGUCGCUCUACGACCGCCUUCGCGACCUCGAGCUACGCAACGCUGAGCUCGAGGCCGAGGUGCUCCAAUGGCGCGAGACGAGCAAGGCAGCGCGGACGUCGGAUGCGACGGCUAGCGUCGACCUCUCCCGUGUGCUGCGCGAGCGCGACGAGUGGCGAGAGCGCUUCCAGGCGCAAGAAGACACAUCUCGCCGUCUCGAGACCAAGCUCUCGACGAUAUGCAAGGAGCAUGCCGAGCAGAUUGCCAAGUGGAAGGAGCGCACGGUGUUUGACCCGAACGAGCCCAAGCGCAUCGCGCUCUGCAUGACGUCGCUGCAAAAGACUUUGGACGCGCGGCUCGAAGAGAACGAAGCGAUGGUCCAGCGCCUCCGCACGGCGCACGCGCAGCAAAAGACGCUGGCCGAGGACAACCAUGCGCUUCGGGACCGGCUCGCCGAGCACGUGGCCUUCGUCGAGCACCACCGCCGGCAUCUGCUGCGGUCGCUCGUCGAUAAACAGCACCGGUCGUGGAUCCAUGCUGCCUGGUGUCAAUGGCUUCGACGGCACUGGCAGACCCAGCUGCGCGACGAUAUUCAAGCCCGAGAUGCGACGACCGAGGCACUCGCCGAGGCCGAGCGCGCGACGCGGGAAGCCCAUUAUGCGCGCGUCGACAUGAUCGCCCGGUGGCGCACACUCAACCGGUGCACGCUAGAAAGCUCGUUCCAGUGCUGGCGCGCAUCGCACCACCGCCUCUGUGUGCUUCGGCGCGUACUGAACCGCUGCACCCGGCGCUCUGUAUGGUGCGCCCUCCAAAGCUGGCGCCGCACGCAGCACGAGGACGCCUUAGCCGCCAAAGACGCCAGUGUCGCGGAGCUCGAGGCAGCACUAAGAGACGCCAAGGCCCAGCACGAGCGCGCCCAGGCAGAGCUUGAGGCCGCAACCACCCGCAUCGCAUCAUCUGAAGAAGCGCUCGAUGCGCAGGCCGUGGCCACGGACCAUGAGCGCCACGUUGAGGCUGCACGACACCAAGUGCUGACACAGCGGCUCGCCAACCAGCGCUGGCAGGCACUGCACGUUCGGCGACUCCAGGACGUGUUGCUUGCAUGGAGAUGUCGCACACAGCAGCGCACAAGCCUUCGCACCCGCAAGACGCAAUGGCAGCGGCACCAGGCGCACUACGCGCUCCACAUGUGGCACGCGCGUGCGCGGCUCCGACGCUACUGCGAGCCACUCUACUGGCACUUUGCGAUGCGCCGACACUUGCGCCAUACGCGUCUCUGCUUUGGCGCGUGGAAGAUGAAAGCGAUGCACGCAAAGCACCGCCGACAGCGUGUCGCAACACUUGUGCAUCGCCGAGCGACGGCCGUGUACCUUCGUUCGUCCUGGUUGCACUGGUGCGCGCACGUGGCGCAGCGCUGCAUGCAUCGAACCUACCUCGUGCGUCUCGUGCAGCGCAAGUGCGUCCGACUCGUCCAAUUGGCCGUCCACCGCUGGAAGAUGCAUCGAGCAGCGUGCGAGAAGCGGGGCGACCGAGUGCGCGCUCUGCUCUUGCAAGUGCUGGCGCAAGAGGCCCAUGUGCGCCAAUACAACACGUACCACCGCUGGGCUGCGCUCACAGCCCACCGGCAAUGCGUCGGUGGGUUUACAGAACAGCAGGCGCAGCGGUCGGCCCGGCGCCUCGCGCAGCGCAUGUGGAGUGCGUGGCGGCAGUACGUUGGCCAAAAAGAGCGUCGGCGCGACGAGCUGCGGCGUCUCGUCGCUGCGUACCGUGUCCGACGACCGUUGUAUGCGGGCUGGACGCCCGACGUCGCACAGCGCGACGAGGCAAUGGCUUCGCUUCGCGCGACCCUCGCGGUCACCGAGGCUGACGUGGUGGCUGCCCACGCCGCCAUCGCAACACUGGAGACCGAGAUGGCAUGUAUCGCUGCAGACGGCGCGGCCUCGGCGAGUACGGCUGCUACGUUGGCACAGCGCAUGUCGACGCUCGAGAACUGUCUCAUGGCGCGCGAAGAGGCGGCGCAGCACCACCUUGCAUGCGCGAUGCACGACCACGGGCAAAUGAUCAUGUGUCUGGAAGACUACGCGAUGCGGCUGUGGCGAGCGACGGAUGAGACGACGCAGUGGCAAGCGAUGCAUGCACUGGCAACGCGGGCGCACACGAGCACAAUCGAGCAGCUCGAGACCGUCCGAGACCAGUUGGUCGCGACCGUCGCCCGCAAGGCGCUUCAAAUCUGGCUGCAAAAGUCGAUUGUGUUUUUGUUCAACCGCUGGAAGAGCUUUGUGAAGCAGCGCCGCGCGAGCGCCGAUCGACUGCGCUACCUACUGCGUCUAUGCCACACCAACGUCCUCCAGCGCACCUUUGGUUCCUGGAAGGAAUUUCGCGUCCGCCGUGUGCAGCAAGCAGCCAUCCUCGGCCGCUGGCAGUCGCUCCACGCUGCGUCACUGCUUCGGUCAACGUACAAAGCAUGGGUCUCGAGGGUGCUAAGCGCCAAGUACCUCGGCCACUUGAUGCGCACGCUUGGUAGCGCCUUCCAGCAUACUUCGCUCAGCCAUCUCUUCUCGGUCUGGCACACGUGGGUGGCCGAGCGGCAGUGCACUCGACGAGUCUUGGAUCGCGCGCUGCAGAUCGUCGUCGCCUAUCGACUGCGCAAGGGCCUUGCUGAGUGGAGCGCGACGGCCGAGCGCCUUGGCGCGGAACGCUACGCGACGCAGCUCGCGCUCGGCGCUGCCACGCUCCAGAAAGCGUAUACUGCAGCCUUGCAACGGCACUGGUUUGCUUCGUGGGUCGACCACGCGACCAAGCUCAAGCACGACCGGCUCUUGCUCCUCCGCUGUGCAACGCGCCUUCGUCAUUUGAGCGUCGGCUGGACGUUCAAUGCGUGGCGUGACCACAGCCUCACCCGAAUUGCCCUCGCGACGUUCGAGACGCGGCGCGCGGCGCUGCAGAUGCGGCAGACGCAACAGCACCAGCGGCGCUGCUUCGUGGCAUGGGCCCAGCACAUGCUCGACCGCCGCAUGCGACAGCGCCUGUACGCUGCUGCGGAUGGCUUGCACCUGCGGCGUACCUUUCAGCGCUGGCGCCGCGCCGCAUACAAGCACGGCUACGUACGCUACCUCGUGCGUCGCGUUGAGCAUCGGCACUAUCGGUCGGCCUGGGUGCUUUGGCUCCGCGGGAUGGCCGCGCGCGACGUGGCGCAGCUGCAAGCAACGUGGGGCGCGACGGUCGCGACACUCCAAGCGGAGCUCGCGUGCGUGCAGACAUCCUCGACUGCCGCGACCGCCGACCUGGCCGCGACACACGAAGCCACUUGCAAGUCGCUUCACGCUGCAUUGCACGGGCGUUCUGCGUGCUUGGCAGCCUAUGUCGCCAAGACCAGGCACGCCCAGCACCUCCGACGCUGUUUUCGCGCGUGGUCGCACGUUGUCCGCUGCGACGUGCAAGCCACUGCCGCUACGGUGGCGUGCUUCCAGCGCCGACAAGCCGAUCGGAUCGGAUCGAUCGUGCUACAGCAUUGGCGCGUCUACACCAAGUGGCGUCAGAGAUGCAGCCGACUUGCACGCAAGUUUCAAACGCGGCAUCUCGCGCGUGCAGUCGCCCAGUGGCACGCACAGACCGCAACAAAGCUCGUCCUUGUGCGCGUCAUGGCAUGUCUGGGGCGACGCGGGCUUGGUUUGAAGCGCCUUGCGUGGCGUCAUUGGCUGCUCGUCGUCGUCGUCCGUCGCUUGGCCGAGACGCACGCUACGGCGUUGGACCGCGAACGCCGUCUCUCGAUGGACGCGGGUGCUUCCGCCUCGGUGGCCGCCAAUCGGGACGUGGUCGCGUGGAAGCGGAAGUGGGCCAUCUCGCUCGUCGUGUCGCGAAUGCGCUGGAGCUGGCACCGUCGACAAAUGGCCAGCUUCCAGCAGUGGCAGCAGACAACAUCGAAAGUCGCGUGGCAGGCGCAGACGACCCGCGCGAGCCAACUUCGCGAAUCGGCGUUUGGGGUCGAGCUGCAGGCGGCACUCGCGUCGGCGAAAGCGGCGCACGUCCAAGCCAUGGAAGCGCUCGUGGGGCCGCUUCGGACACUUUGGCACGCUCUCUUUCGCGCCAAGUCGAUCGAAGCGCUGCUCGAUGGCGUAGUGGCUGGCGUCCUUCCUCACGCAGCCGGCUGCUUGUGGCUCGCCAACCCUGCCAACGACGAACUGUGGUCCAAGGCCAACGACGCGGUCGUCGCCGUGCCAAGUCACAUGGGACCGGCUCUGGGUGUCGUGCAAAUGGCGUGCGAUGCGUCUGCGCCCGCGACAGAUAUGUAUGUGCUUUGCCACGCCGCGGCCUUUGCCAUCGAGUGCAUCUUGAGCGACGUGCUGAAACACAACAAAGCAAAAGGCGACACGCGCGCGACGCUCACAAAGGUGUUCAAGCAGCACCGCAACUGGAGACUCUACUACACAGACUUGGCCCGCCGGUUUUCGACGCUGCAAGCCGACCACACGGCGCUACAGGCCGCCAAAGCAUUGCGCGAUGACGACGUCGCGUCGCUCGAGCACCGCAUCACGACCGCCGAGCGCCGCCACCGCGCCGCCGAGUCGCAGCUGCACGAGCGCAUCGCAGCCAAGCAGGCUCAACUUGAGGAGACGAUCUCGGCGUUGGAAGCGGCGCUGAUUGCGCGGGAGGAUGCGGUGGUCGACCUUCGUCACGACGUGGAGGCCAAGAGCGCCAAGCUGCGCCAGUACAAGGCCGCACUGCAGAGCUAUCGGGCCCGCGCUCGGAGCGAGACGCUGCCGAAAGAGGAUAGUGGCAGUGCGCAGCGGGCGGCGGAGAUCUCCAAUUUGCGCAAUCAGCUCGGCCGUGCUCAAGCCGACGCGCAGUUUUUAGCGAAAGCAAUUGCCCACGCGAUGCUGCAUGACGGAAGCUUGCCACGCUCGAUGGAGGCCGAAGUGCUGCGCAUUUGCUCGGCGCAAACCGCGUAA